AUGGGAAUACAACUAUCAAAAUCGAAGUCAUCUCGGUCAAACACAGUAUCACCUGGAAAUUCUUCUAAUCAUGAUGAAAAAUCAAUCACAGACGACCACAUAUAUCGUCUAGCUAUUGAUCAAUCUGGUGUUAUUGGGUCUCUUUACAAUGCAAGGCACGAUCAUUUAUUAGAAACUCCAGCAUUGAAUAUUUCUUCUACACCGAUUGCAUUAUCAAAAGCAGCGAAGAAUCCAGAAAUAAAUAUUGGUACGCUAGAAAACAAAAAUCUAUCUGAUAUAAUUGGUAUCGAUAGAGAAUUGUGCUUGAGUAUAUACUUAAAAUUAGUAGCCUCCGAUGGAAUAUCUUCGUUAAUUAAACAUUCAUUCACAAUCGAUAAAUAUACUCGAUUUCUUUCUUAUUACUAUAUAUCACAACAAAUUCAAUCGAAUAAUGAACAAACUACUACUAAAUUGAAAACAAUUGAAAAAUCUAUAGCUGAUACCAAUGUAACUCAUGUUGUAACUGGAAUUAAGUAUGGAAUUCAUGUUAUUAUUGUACUACAGUUAACACCUGAUGACGAAUCUGAUUUUGAUCAACUACUUAAGAAAAUAAAAGAACAGUUGACUAAAAAUGCUUUUCACAUAGCAACAAAUGACAAGGAUUUAUUCAAUCAAUUUACUCAUAUAAAAGUUUUUUCCAAUAUACCUGAUGUUGCAAAGUUAAAAAAAUUAGCUGAUGUGUGUGAAAAAAUAACUGAUAUAAGAUCAGACAGUUCUCAACAUCGUUUUAUAGAAUAUACUCUUCGACCAAUUAGAUGUUUUUAUCCAUCGUAUCUGAAAGAGAAGGCAAGGUUUGUUUCAAUCAAUCAAAAACAUAUGGAUCAAAUAGAACCAUAUUUAUAUCAGUUAUCAUUACUUAGAACACAAUGGAACAUAUCAUACAAUUCUGAAAUCAAACAAUUGCUUAAAAAAUAUCUCAAGCAACCAUAUGAGGAAUUUCAACAACGAGAUUCUACCGUGAAGGAACUUUAUCAAGGAAGAAAAGAUCAAAAGAAAAAUUUAAUUUUACAAAUUCGCGAUGGAGAUAUUGAACAAGAUUCAUUAUCUGAACCGCUAAUCGAUACAGAAGAUAGACGAUUAUUAAAGGAGAUUCGUAAUGUUACUAAACACCGAAAUACUUUGAGAGAAAAAGCACAAUUAAUCGAUAGUUUUACAAAACAGGGAAUCGAAUAUCUAAAUGUAAAAGAAUUCAUCAUAGAAGAUGAUAUAAAUUUGGAAGGUAUUAUGACAAGGAUUAUGCAUGAAAGCAAACAGAAAAUUGUUUAUUGUUUUGAUGAUAAAUUAGAGAAGUUAAAUUCAUCAAAAUGGAACGAUUUUUAUAUUAAGUUAAUCAAUGAACGCGAAAAUAAUUCUCAAUUAGAAUUUGUUUAUGCUGAUUUUUCUUACUGUUCAUAUCAAUUAUCACAAAUGGAAAUCUUGCCAUCGAAAGAAAUUCGUCAAUUGCGAAAGACUUCACGGACAGAAUCAACUUUAGAUUCUACGACAUUGUCAUCAUCCAAAAAACACCAUUCUAAUAAAUCAAAUUCGUCAAUAAAUAAUUUUAUUAAUGUACUUCUUUUAGGUGAAUCUGGUGUUGGAAAAUCAACAUUCAUCAAUGCUAUUGUUAAUUAUCUUAAUUUUCACACUCUUGAAAAAGCUCAUUCUAGUGAACCUAUUGUACUUAUGCCGAUUUCAUUUCUUCUCACAGUUGGUAAUAAUUUUGAAGAACGAAUUAUUAGAUUUGGUAAUGAAGAUCCAAAUGAAGAUCAUCAUCAUCCAGGUCAAUCCGUAACUCAACAUUGUAGAUCAUAUGUUUUUACUAUUGGUACUCGAACUAAGAUAAGAAUAAUUGAUACACCUGGAAUGGGAGAUACUCGUGGACUUGAUCAAGAUGAUCUUAAUAUGAAACAUAUUCUAUCAUUUAUUAAUAAUCUAUCACAUUUAAAUGCUAUUUUUAUACUUCUUAAACCUAAUGAAUCAAGAUUAAAUGUUGUUUUACGUUCAUACUUUGGUCGAUUGUUAAGCUUUUUAGGUGAAAGUGUUCAUCAUAAUAUAAUUUUUUGUUUUACAAAUACUCGAGGAACAUUUUUCGCACCAGGUAAUACUGCACCUCUACUCAAAUCAAUGCUUGACACAUAUUCAUUCAAUGAUAUUCUAUUUAAAAAAUCAAAUACAUUUUGUUUCGAUAGUGAAUCAUUUCGAUAUUUAAUCGCUCGAAAAAAUAGAAUCGAAUUUGAUGAUUAUCAAAAAGAUGAAUACAAACGAAGUUGGAUAACUUCUGUAAACGAAACAAAUCGUCUUAUUCAAUAUAUUUGUAAUGAACUCAAACCGUGUUUGCAAAAAAGCUGGAUGUCCAUUGAACAUGCUCAAUUUCAAAUUAAUCGAAUGAUUCGUCCUAUAUUAGAAACAAUAAAAAAUACAAUGCGAAAUUUAAUAUUAUUGGAUAAGUCUUCAUCUAAAUCAUUAAUAAAAUUAUGUCCAUCACCUGUUGAUAGAAAUUCUGCUACAUGCACGAAAUGUUCGCAUUAUGCUAUACUAUGUGGUGAAUUUUGGAUUAUGUGUUACGAUUUGCAUACUCUUUCAGAUCGAUGUAGCCAAUGUGAGUGUGAUUUUUCACGACAUUUCAAAGUAAAUUAUGUACUUAAAUAUGAACUUUGUGAUAAGAAACAAGAACCAACUUUUCAUGAUAUGAAAAGAAAUUUAGAACAAUUGACACAGAUAAUUAUCCAAUUUGCUUAUUUUUAUAAGUAUCUUGUUCAUAUCGCAACAGAAAAUGAUCCAAUAUUAUCUGUUCUCAAUCGACUGAUCAAGGAAGAAAAAUCUAUUUGCUCACAAAAAGGAAAUCAGAAUCUUAAUGCAAAUUUGUAUGAUGAUCUAAAAAGCUUUAAAAAUGAAUAUGAAGAAGCUUGGUCUAUGUCAAUGUCAAACCCAAAAACUAUAACUUUACCGAAAAUAUACAAAAUAAUAAAAACUGCCAGUGAAAUAAGAGAAAUAAGUGAACAAUUAUCAACUAUCAAACAAAUGGAAGAUAUCUAUAUGAAUGAACAGGAAAAACUGAUACAAUGA